GGUGUUUGUGGAUGGGGCUAGAGGAGGAGCGGUGGCUCUGACAGCAGCAGCAGCGUGUCUGUGCUUGAAUGGAGAGUGGAUUCGAGAAGUCUUUGGGAACUGUUGGAGGUAGUCUGACGUUAUGGCAAUAUGGAAGAAGAACGUUUGCAUUGAAUGACAGUGCAGGCAGACAAUGGCAGAGAGAUGGCUGUGGACAUUAGUGCCAUGGAGAGGAGGCUGGAACCCGCGCUCCAAAGCAGCUGGACAAGAGGAGGAACGCCAUGUUAGAGCCAAUGACCGUGACUACAAUGAGAAGUUCAGUUACGCUGACAAUCACAUCAAGACGGCGAAGUAUACCUUCUAUACCUUUCUACCUAUUAACUUGUUCGAGCAGUUUCAGCGGUUUGCCAAUGCAUACUUCUUUGUUCUGCUUAUUCUACAGCUAAUCCCGGAGAUCUCCUCUCUGUCCUGGUUCACCACUAUUGUGCCUUUGGUGUUGGUACUGACUAUCACCGCUGUAAAAGAUGCUACUGAUGACUAUUUCCGCCAUAAAAGUGAUCAACAAGUCAACACACGCCAGUCUCAGGUACUCAUCAAGGGAAUGCUACAAAAUGAGAAAUGGAUGAAUGUUAGAGUUGGAGACAUUAUAAAACUUGAGAACAACCAAUUUGUUGCUGCUGAUCUGCUCCUGCUCUCCAGCAGUGAGCCUUACGGGCUGUGCUAUAUUGAGACAGCAGAGUUAGAUGGGGAGACAAACUUGAAGGUGCGCCAAGCUUUGACUGUAACCUCAGACCUUGGAGCAGACGUUGCCAAGCUUGCAGAGUUCGAUGGAGAAGUUAUAUGUGAACCUCCUAAUAAUAAACUGGACAGAUUCACUGGGACUCUGUACUGGAAAGACAAUAAGUAUCCACUGGACAAUGAGAAAAUGUUGCUGCGAGGGUGUAUACUCAGAAACACUGAGUGGUGCUUUGGUCUGGUCAUCUUUGCUGGGCUCCAAACCAAGCUGAUGCAGAACAGUGGGAGGACGAAAUUCAAAAGGACCAGCAUUGACAAGUUGAUGAACACUUUAGUACUGUGGAUCUUUGGAUUCCUGAUAUGCAUGGGGAUCAUUCUGGCUAUCGGGAACACCAUCUGGGAGCAAAAAGUUGGGAAAAACUUCUGGGCAUAUCUGCUUUGGGAUGAACUACUAAGCAGUGCUGUCUUAUCCGGAUUCCUCACUUUCUGGUCUUACAUCAUCAUCCUCAACACUGUUGUUCCCAUCUCGCUUUAUGUUAGUGUUGAGGUACUGCGCCUAGGCCACAGUUAUUUCAUAAACUGGGACCGCAAAAUGUACUACAGUCCUAAGGACACGCCGGCUGAAACAAGAACCACCACUCUGAACGAGGAGCUGGGCCAAGUGGAGUUCAUCUUCUCAGAUAAAACAGGGACCCUCACUCAGAACAUUAUGGUCUUCAAUAAAUGCUCCAUCAAUGGCAACACAUAUGGUGAUGUAUAUGAUGAGUUUGGACACAAAGUGGAUAUCACAGAGAAAACACCAUGUGUGGAUUUCUCUUUCAACCCCUUAAUGGACCGGAAGUUUCGUUUCUAUGAUAGCAGCCUGGUGGAGGCCAUUAAACUGGAAGAGCCAUUGGUGCAAGAAUUUUUCAGGUUGCUAGCUCUGUGCCAUACAGUCAUGCCUGAAGAGAGGAGUGAAGGGGAGCUAGUGUAUCAGGCUCAAUCACCAGACGAAGGAGCCUUGGUUACUGCCGCUCGCAAUUUUGGCUUUGUAUUUCGAGCCAGAACACCAGAGACCAUUACCCUGUAUGAGAUGGGCCAACCUGUCACCUACCAGCUUCUGGCUAUACUGGAUUUCAACAAUGUCCGGAAGAGAAUGAGUGUUAUUGUGAGAAAUCCAAAGGGGCAACUGAAGCUUUACUCUAAAGGAGCUGACACAAUCAUUUUUGACAGGCUAGACCCAUCCAAUGAAGACCUUAUGUACACUACCUCAGAACACCUUAAUGAGUUUGCUGGUGAGGGUUUGAGGACGUUAGCUCUGGCCUAUAAGGAUUUGGAUGAGGACAUGUUUGAUGAGUGGAUGAAGAAACUGUUGUUUGCCAGCACAGCACUGGAGAACAGAGAAGAGAGACUCGGGACUCUCUACGAGGAGAUAGAACAGGGUUUGAUGCUUCUUGGAGCUACAGCCAUAGAAGAUAAAUUGCAGGAAGGAGUGCCAGAAACUAUUAGCUGUUUGACCCUGGCCAAUAUUAAGAUCUGGGUUCUCACUGGGGAUAAACUAGAGACAGCGAUGAAUAUUGGCUAUUCCUGUAACAUGUUGAGAGAUGAUAUGAAUGAGGUGUUCAUAAUCUCAGGUCACACCACGCUUGAGGUUCAGCAGGAGCUGAGAAAUGCCAAAGAGAGAAUUAUGGGUCCUAGUAAAGACAGGUUGACCAGUGGCCAAGAUGUGAGAAAGAAUGAUUUGUACUCCAGCGACUCUGUUUUUGAGGAAACCAUUAUUCCAGAAUACGCACUUAUCAUUAAUGGACACAGCUUGGCCCAUGCACUGGAGGCAGACCUGGAGCAGAUCUUGUUGGAAGUGGCUUGCUUAUGUAAGACUGUGAUCUGCUGUAGAGUAACUCCUCUCCAGAAAGCUCAGGUGGUGGAGCUGGUCAAAAGGCAUAAAAGAGCGGUCACCCUGGCCAUCGGGGAUGGAGCCAAUGAUGUCAGCAUGAUCAAGACGGCCCACAUAGGUGUGGGCAUCAGUGGGCAGGAGGGCAUGCAGGCUGUUCUGGCCUCAGACUAUUCCUUUGCCCAGUUUCGUUACCUGCAGCACCUCCUGCUGGUCCACGGCCGUUGGUCCUACCACCGCAUGUGCAACUUCCUCUGCUAUUUCUUCUACAAGAAUUUUGCAUUCACCCUGGUGCAUUUCUGGUUUGGGUUUCUGUGUGGCUUCUCUGCACAAACCAUAUAUGACCAGUGGUUCAUCACCCUGUUCAAUAUAGUAUACACAUCUUUGCCUGUUCUUGCCAUGGGCUUGUUUGACCAGGAUGUGAAUGAGCAGUACAGUCUGCGUUACCCUAACUUGUACCAACCUGGGCAGCUCAAUCUCUUGUUCAACAAGCGGAAGUUCUUCAUGUGCACCAUCCAGGGCGUAUACACUUCAUUUGUCCUGUUCUUCAUCCCCUAUGGGGCUUUCCUCUGUGCUGUGCGAGAUGAUGGCUCCCACAUAUCUGAUCAGCAAUCCUUCGCUGUUACUAUAGCAACCUCACUGGUCAUCGUGGUUAGCGUCCAGAUUGGUCUUGACACAAACUACUGGACUGCUGUGAACCACUUCUUUAUAGGAGGUAGUCUGGCCAUGUAUUUCGCUAUACUGUUUGCAAUGAACAGUGACGGCCUCUUCAGAAUAUUUCCAAACCAGUUCCCAUUUGUAGGCACAGCACGUAAUUCUUUAAAUCAAAAAAGCAUGUGGCUUGUCAUUCUCCUUGUAACAGUGGUGUGUAUAAUGCCAGUUGUGGCCAUACGCUUCCUCAGGAUAGACCUCCAUCCUACACAAACUGACAAAGUUCGCUUGCUCCAGCAGGCCAGCAGGAGGCAGGGGCCUCAGGAGCAGAAUCCGAGACGAGUGCGUAGAACCAGUUCACGCCGCUCUGCCUACGCCUUCUCCCACCAGCAAGGAUAUGGAGAGCUCAUUACCUCUGGCAAGAACAUGAAGGUCACCACUUCCUCCACUUCAGCCUUCCCUGGCUCGUCUCCACAGAGAAUCAAAAGCAGUACCAUUUGGAUGGAGGACAUGGCAAAAAAGGAAAUGGUCAUGAACCAUACAACAGCUUCUGAAGAGACUAUGGCUUCUGGAGAUACAGAGCACCCCAGAUGUGGAAGCAAGCACAGCUUAGAGACACUAUUCACAGUCUGAUCGACCGGCAGACAAUACAAGAUAUCGGGCAAGGUGAAAAAUCCCAGCUCAGUGAAGGUAAGGGGAUUUCGCUGCAGUCGUGUCCAAAAGCACGGAGAGGCACCACGUGAACUUGCACUCCAAGUACUCUGUGAAAAGGUUGUGCUGGAUACAUGACUAAAUAGGACUAGAAUCUAAAAUUGUUCAUAUCAUCAUCAUCCCAAUGUGAUAUAAAAACACAGAACACUCCAGGCAUGCUCAGUGCUGCAUAGCUAUACGGAGAGUAGCUAUGGGUGGUCAAACAUCAGAAGACAUGCACUAAAAGAAAAGCAGCAUUGCACAGGAGAGACUCCAAAGAGCAAGCACAGAUAAGACUCCUUACCUUCCUCAACUAAUGCACUCUGGUUUCUUGGUGCACUUUCAUUUAAUUGUGAGUCACUGACUCAGAGAAUGCGCAAAGUCCCUACUCAAUUUAGUUUUCUUUCAAUUUCCUUAGCUGACCGAGUCAAGCAUGCAAAUGCAGACAGCCUCCUUUUUGGAGAAAUCGUUCAAAGCCGUUCACAUGCUUCCAAUAUAUUGCAGAGCAAUCGAGUUAAUUGUGUGCAUAAUUUCAUAGCGAUUAUCUGAGGUACUGGUAUACAACAGUCCUCUCAGGAUUUAUAUUAUUUAUACAAUUAUCAAUUUCAAUACUAUGACCAACUUGUAUGGUUUUAUUAGACAGUCUCACAAUGAGAAAGAAAGCAUUUGACAGCAAUGAUAUUAUUUGAGGGGCAAGCACGGUGGUGUAGUGGUUAGCACUGUUGCCUCACAGCAAGAAGGUGCUGGGUUCGAGCCCAGCGGCCGACAAGGGCCUUUCUGUGUGGCGUUUGCACGUUCGUGCGGGUUUCCUCCGGGUGCUCCAGUUUCUCCCAAAGACAUGCAGGUUAGGCUAAUCGGUGGCUCUAAAUUGACCGUAGGUGUGAAUGAGAGUGGUUGGUUGUCUCUACGUGUCAGCCCUGUGAUGACCUGGCGACUUGUCCAGGGUGUACCCCGCCUCUCACCCAUAGUCAGCUGGGAUAGGCUCCAGCUUGCCUGCAACCCUGUAGAACAGGAUAAGCGGCUACAGAUAAUGGACGGAUGGAUAUUAUUUGAGACAGGUUUGAAGGAGUUUACACUUAUUGAUACAAUAAUACCUCUACUUGAAUAAUCGUAACGCUUAAUCUGUUGUUCGAUUUUUCAUUAUUAACUUUGAUAAAUUAUUUUAAAUACACAUCAGAUGUAGUAAACCUUUGCAUAUUUCACUUAAAGGCAAAUCAUCGAACAUGAGCAAACGGAAAUGACCCUACUGCCCUGUGACCUUACUGUAAUGAUGACUUAAGAUAAAUUGCUCAAUGUAAAUCUUAGACUAGAAAUCUAGAUUCCUUGUAAAUUAUUAUUAGCAUUGUUGGAGUAUAGCAUGGGCCUUGGUUCUGCCAUUAAGGAAAAGAAGCUUAGCGGCACCAUCUUUUUUACAUACUGAACCACUCUACAUGUGCAUACACAGUUUAUUUCUUAUUAUACCUCUCUAGUGUGCUCAUACCACAUUGUAGUCGACAGCAGGUUUGCACGCGGACCACAGAAUGAUGAAAAGAGCAAAAGUUCCGAAGGUUAAGAUUAUAGUUUAGAGGCUACACAGCUGUGCCUUUCAUCCCCCUCCACUGACAGGUAAAGCUUUUACUGUGUACAGUAACUACACUGUCUACAGAAAGGGUGGCAAAUUGGGCAUUUGUUUCACUGUCCUUUGACGAAAGGAAAUAUUUGUGCCUUUUUUAUUUGACUCUCAGUAAAAGAAGUAUAUAUUUGAGUUAUGUCCAGUAUUUAUCUCUCUCCCAUCAAGGUCUUGUCUGUUCCCCCCCACGUUACAAAUCCUGCAAAUAUCUGUCGUACAGAAUAAUGUUUAAAAUCGACAUUUUAUGUUACACUGAUGUUUUUUUUUUUUUUAAUUUAAAACUAUCAGGAGUUUUGUUUAUAUGGAUGUACAAUUUGCCUCAUUUGAUGUAACAUUAAGAAUGUAUAAGAAUUUCCUGCUGUGAAUUUUGUCAAUGAGGACCAUGCAAAUUGUUUAUCAUUUUUAUUUAUAU